AUGGUUUCAUUCCAUUUUCUGCUCUCAUUAGUCUUCGCCAUUCUCUAUGUCCCCUGCGCAACUUGCACCUACGACUACAGAGAUUCCCCGAAUCUGAAUGAAGAGGCCCCAUACGUUCGCAACUACUUUUAUGUCGGCGGCAAGUACGUGCCGGAUGGAUCUGGCGGGCAUGCCUUCCAAGAUCAGAUGUAUGUCGAAAGGCUUACUCCUCUUGGAGGAGCAAGGAAGCAAACGCCGCUGGUAUUCAUCCCCGGUGCAGGUCAGACAGGAACGAACUUCUUGAACAAGCCAGAUGGUGGCAGAGGCUGGGCAUCGCUAUUCAUAAUGCAAGGAUUCGAGGUGUAUAUCGUCGAACAAACGUCUCGCGGUCGAUCUGCUUGGAGACCUGGUGCUGAAGCCCCAGGAAUCAUAACAUUCUCUGCCGAGUUGAUCCAGCAGCGCUUUACAGCACCUCAGGACUACAAGCUCUGGCCUCAAGCAGUCAAUCACACGCAGUGGCCUGGUACGGGACGAAUGGGUGAUCCAGUCUUCGACGCGUUUUACAGCUCCAAUGUCCAGCUGUCCAGCAACGACACCUACUCGCAAGCGACCGUACAAGCUGCAGGUGCUGCUCUUCUCGACCGUAUCGGUAGUCCUGUCAUCCUCAUCGGUCAUAGUCAAGCUGGUCCAAUGGCGAUUCUGGUUGCGGAUGCUCGACCAAACCUGACAGAAGCUAUCAUUCUGCUUGAGCCUGGCGGUCCACCCUUUCGAGGUGCGUUGUUCACCAAUGCCAGCGCGCGUCCAUGGGGGCUUACCGAUGUACCACUCGUCUACUCACCACCUGUCACGGAUCCAACAGUCGACCUUGUCACAGAAGUGAUUCCGGCAACCUCAAGCAACCACGAUGGCUGCGUUCUACAAGCGUCUUCACCGACUCCUAGACGUCUUUUCAACCUGGCCCCUAAGCCAAUACUUGUCGUGACAGCCGAGGCUUCUUAUCAUGCAGUCUAUGAUUACUGCACAGUAUCGUAUUUGCGUCAGGCUGGCUGUACCGGGACAGAUCACUUGGAGCUAGGUAAUGCAGGUGUGCAUGGAAAUGGCCAUAUGAUGUUUAUGGAGAAGAACAGCCGUGAUAUCUGGGUGCUGCUCUUGGAGUGGAUCGAAUGGCACUUGACCUAG